AUGAUUGUAGUUGCUUUGGUUGUGUUCUAUGCUAGCAGAAGCCUUUUUCAAGGUUUCCUGUUGACUCUAGAGCACCACAUUCCCCAUUUACUGGGAGCCUUGGGGGCUAGCAAUAUGGGGAACUCGUGUGUUUGCCGCGAUGACAGUGGAGCAGAAGACAAUGUGGAAUCUCGGAGUCGGCAAACAGAGAACAGUAGAGUACAUGUACCUGAAGCAAGAAGCCACCCAAGGGACCCUGUCCGUCCACCCAGGAGGGGUCGAGGGCCUCAUGAACCAAGAAGGAAAAAACAGAAUGUGGAUGGGCUGGUACUUGACACACUGGCUGUAAUUCGGACGUUAGUAGAUAAUGACCAGGAGCCUCCUUAUUCAAUGAUCACGUUGCAUGAAAUGGCAGAAACAGAUGAAGGCUGGUUGGAAGUUGUCCAAUCUUUAAUUAGAGUUAUUCCAUUAGAAGAUCCCCUGGGACCAGCUGUUAUAACACUACUACUUGAUGAAUGUCCGCUGCCAACAAAAGAUGCAUUACAAAAGUUAACUGAAAUAUUAAACUUAAGUGGAGCUGCUGCUUGCCAGGAUGCUUGUCACCCUGCCAGACACCGGAAUACAACGGCAGUGCUGGGCUGCUUAGCAGAGAAGCUAGCAGGUCCUGCGAGUAUAGGCUUACUCAGCCCAGGCAUAUUGGAAUAUUUACUUCACAGCUUGAACUUCCAGUCCCAUCCGACAGUGAUGCUUUUUGCACUAAUAGCCCUGGAGAAGUUUGCACAAACAAGUGAAAAUAAAAUGACAGUUUCUGAAUCGUGCAUUAGUGACCAGCUGAUCUUGCUGGAGAAAUGGACAGAUAAUACAGACUAUUUAAAACGCCAGGUUGGAUUCUGUGCCCAGUGGAGUUUAGACAAUCUGUUUUUAAAAGAAGGCAGGCAGUUUACAUACGAGAAGGUUGACUUGACCAACAUCAGGGCCAUGCUGAACAGUAAUGACGUCAGCGAAUACCUGAAGAUCUCGCCACAUGGCUUAGAGGCUCGCUGUGAUGCCUCAUCCUUUGAAAGCGUUAGAUGUACGUUCUGUGUUGAUUCUGGAGUUUGGUACUAUGAAGUGACAGUCAUUACUUCAGGAGUGAUGCAGAUAGGAUGGGCUACCAAAGACAGCAAAUUUCUCAAUCAUGAAGGUUACGGCAUCGGGGACGAUGAAUACUCCUGUGCGUACGAUGGCUGCCGGCAGCUGAUUUGGUACAAUGCCAGAAGUAAACCACAUUCCCACCCCUGUUGGAAAGAAGGAGACACAAUAGGAUUUCUACUAGACUUGCAAGAAAAGCAAAUGAUCUUCUAUUUAAAUGGAAACCAGCCAAAGCAAGUAUUUUCAUCUGCUGUAUCGGGCUUUUUUGCUGCAGCUAGUUUCAUGUCAUACCAACAAUGCGAGUUCAACUUUGGGGCAAAACCUUUCAAGUACCCACCAUCCAUGAAGUUUAGCACCUUUAAUGAUUAUGCCUUCUUAACAGCAGAAGAGAAAAUCAUUUUGCCUAG